CCGAAAGGCCCUGGAGGAAUGAGAGAACUACCAAGAGGAGCCGGGCGUUCCUAUAUGGGGAGUCAUCUCAGAAAAUUCGCCGGACCAAGACCUUUACCUAUGCUGGGUCCUGGACCAAGACCUUUACCUCCUAGACACUUCCCAAUGAUGCCCAAAAAAGUUCCUGGAAGACUUCCAGUGCCUCCACCACGCCCCAAACCUGUUCUAGCUCCGCGACCCAAACCAAUUUUACCUCCAGCUCCACGCAGACCAGUUCUACGUCCAGCUCCAUCGCGUCCUAAACCACUGCCCGUAAACGACCCUCGAGUGACUAGGCGAAUAGGGGCGGUUCCAGUAAACAAUUCACCUUUCUUAAAUUCCCGCAUUGGAGGAAGAGCAGUCAUUGGAAGAGGAGCGCUAGCUGGAAGAACAGCACCCUUGGGAGGGGGAACGUUCAACGGGGCAGGAGCGCUCAAUGGAGGGGCGCUUAAUGGAAGAGGAGCGCUCAAUGGGGCAGGAGCGCUCAAUGGAGGAGCGCUUACUGAAAGAGGAGCACUCAUUGGGGGAGGAGCGCUCAAUGGAGGAGGAGCAUUUAAUGGCGGAGGAGCGCUCAAUGGGGGAGGAGCGCUUGGUGGUGGAAUAGGAGCGCAAAUGAGAGGAGGGACGCUCAGCGGAGGAGUGGGAGGCGCAGAUUCAGCUAUAGCAGGAGGAUAUGGUACCAAUGGUGGCUUAUCAGGCUCUAAUGGAUUGUUUGGAUCCGAUUACGGCAGCUAUGGCACGGCCAGCAGCGGUGGUGGCCUAUCAGGUCGCUACGGUUCUGGUUACGUUGGAUCCGGUAACGGUAUCUUUGGCGCGGUCAAUGCAAUAGGUGCGGCACUACAAGGAACUGCGGACCUAGUAGCAGUUGGAGGUGCUGCACUUUCACAGCUACCAACGACCACGCAGUCUACACAGUCGCAAUCUUGCACUUCGAAGUUAUCUUACACCGAUUCCAACGGCACUCCAGUUUACGAAUGCAACUGUGCAGGAUAUGGAAUUUCAUAUCAGUACAAUAGGUGUGUGCCGGGUGCUACAUCCCAGGCUCCUCAAACGCAAGCAAAAGGAGGAUGCUCAGCCUGCGGAUAG